UCAAUUUAUGAGUUAUUUAUAAGUAACCAGAAUGAGGAGGAAAGAUUAACUUCCGUGUUUUUGCUUUAGUCUUGUGUUUUCUCCGUCAUCAUGGGUGCGUGUAUGGCCUUGUGUUCGCUGGCGAGCUGCGCGUCCUGUCUGUGCGGCUCUGCGCCAUGUCUUUUAUCAGGAUGUUGCCCUUCUACAUACAACUCCACUGUGACCCGCAUGGCCUUCUCCUUUUUUCUGCUGCUGGGCACUAUAGUGUCCAUCAUCAUGAUCCUGCCAGGCAUGGAGACACAGCUAAAGAAGAUUCCUGGUUUUUGUGAAGGAGGCUCUUCUAUACCAGGAAUUGAAGGGAAGGUGAACUGUGAGAUCAUUGUUGGCUAUAAGUCGGUCUACAGGAUGUGCUUUGCCAUGGCCUGUUUCUUCUUCCUCUUCUCCAUCAUCAUGAUCCGUGUGAGAAGCAGCAAGGAUCCACGAGCUUCAAUUCAAAACGGUUUCUGGUUCUUCAAGUUCUUGAUUCUGGUCGCUCUUACUGUGGGAGCUUUCUUCAUUCCAGAUGGAGCAUUCAACACAGUGUGGUACUACUUUGGUGUGGUUGGGUCCUUCAUAUUCAUUCUGAUUCAGCUCGUUCUGCUGGUGGAUUUUGCUCACACCUGGAACCAAAAGUGGGUGGAGAACGCAGAGGAAGGGAACCGUAAAUGCUGGUAUGCAGCCCUGCUCUCCUUCACAUUGGUGCACUAUAUCUGUGCCUUCGCUGCUGUGGUUUUGUUCUAUGUAUUCUACACACAGCCAGAUGACUGCACAGAACACAAAGUCUUCAUCAGCCUCAACCUCAUCUUUUGUAUCAUUGUGUCUGUGGUGGCCAUCCUUCCAAAAGUGCAGGAAUCUCAGCCGAGUUCUGGUCUGCUCCAGCCGUCUCUCAUCUCUCUCUACACCAUGUAUCUCACAUGGUCUGCUAUGAGCAACAACCCCAAUCGUAAGUGCAACCCCAGUCUGUUGAGUCUAGUCAAUGGCGGGCCAACAGCACCCACUCCCACCAGUGCCCCCGGUAUCCAUACACAGUGGUGGGAUGCUCAGAGCAUUGUGGGUUUGGUCAUCUUCCUCCUGUGCACACUGUAUGCCAGCAUUCGUUCCUCAAACAACAGCCAGGUGAACAAGCUCAUGCAGACAGAGGAAGUUCAGGGGCUGGCGAGCACUGAUGCCAGCGAGGGCGUCUCUGAGGAUGGCGUGAGACGAGCUGUGGAUAACGAAGAGGACAGCGUCACAUACAGCUACUCGUUUUUCCAUUUCUCCCUCUUCCUUGCCUCUCUCUACAUCAUGAUGACCUUGACCAACUGGUAUCAGCCUGAAACCGACUACGCAGCCAUGAAAACCACUAUGCCAUCCGUGUGGGUGAAGAUCUGUUCGAGUUGGCUGGGACUGGCACUGUACCUCUGGACUCUUGUGGCUCCGGUAAUCCUGGCCGACCGAGACUUCAACUAAACGCCCAUACGAUUCUACAAGUGGCCUUAUUCAGAAGCAAUAUACCUUAUGCUGAGUUGACUUAUGCGGAGUUCACUUAGACAGUACAUUACAGAAGUUUUGUU